AUUUACUCGGACGGUGGCGGUGGAAGCGGAAAGAUGUUAGUUCUGAUGAUCAUACACUUCAUUACCCUGCCAGUGCUAACAUCCAGGCUCGUCAGAGGCGAAACAACAAUGGACGAGAAACAACCGCAACCGCUCAUCAGUUCCCGAGUAGUGAGGACCAAGUAUGGUGAUCUCAGAGGGUUCAUAGUUACUCCAGAAUCAAGGUUCUUAGAACCGGUCGAAGUCUUCAGAGGAGUGCCUUAUGCAUCGCCUCCUGUAGGCUCUCUGAGAUUCAUGCCUCCAGUUUCCGGCGCGCAAUGGUCAGGAGUGAAAAUUGCAGAAGAAUUCAGUCCAGUAUGUCCUCAAGUACUUCCUGACAUAAGAAAUGAGACUGCGGUCUUAAAAAGAAUAUCAAAAGGUCGAUUGGAGUACUUGAAAAGAAUACUCCCAUUCCUCACGAAUCAGUCAGAAGAUUGUUUGUAUUUGAAUAUCUACGCACCCGCUCAAGGUGUAAGAGACGCAGUUGCGCGCUACCCAGUCCUAGUCUUCGUUCACGGAGAGAGCUACGAGUGGAGUUCUGGCAACCCAUACGACGGCACAGUCCUGGCGUCGCACGCUGGACUCGUCGUUGUCACAAUCAACUACAGACUCGGAAUAUUAGGUUUCCUUAAUCCUCGAUCUGAUGAGUUCCCUCGCUCUCCAGCCAAUUACGGGCUCAUGGAUCAAAUAGCAGCUCUCCACUGGAUCAAAGAGAACGUGGCAGUCUUUGGGGGAGACCCCACGAACGUGACUUUGAUGGGCCAUGGUACUGGAGCCGCGUGUGUUCACUUCUUGCUCACUUCUUUGGCUGUGCCUGAAGGCCUACUAUUCCACAGAGCGGUGCUGAUGUCAGGGUCAGGCCUGAGUCCCUGGUCACUCGUCGCUGAUCCAAACAAGUAUGCAGCUAUUGUCGCUCAACAUGCAAACUGUUUACCCGAACUAACGCCGCCAUUGUUGCUCCGGUGUUUGCGCGAGCGUCCGCUAGAGGCACUGCUGUCUGCGCCAGUACAAGCUCCCGACUUUGCCUAUGCCUUCGGGCCUAGUGUCGACGGUGUUGUUAUAGACACCGGUGAUCUGCUAGUGAACCCGGAGAAUGGCUACGAGUGGGGAGGGCAGACGGUUGCGCAUGCGCCACUCGGCAAACAAGCGCAGAACGCCAUCAACAUCAUCAAUGCUGUCCUCAUGAGAAAGAGCGCUGUAGCGCAACUUACCAAGUACGAUCUGAUGUUAGGAGUAACAAAAGCAGAAGCAUAUUUCGCCUUCAGCGGAGAUGACGUCCAAUACGGCAUCGAGGCUGACAGGAGAUCCAAGAUCCUUAAGUCUUUCGUCAGGAACACCUAUAGUUAUCAUCUGUCAGAGAUUCUUGCUACAAUCAUCAACGAAUAUACUGACUGGGAAAGGCCUGUCCAACACCCAAUAAAUAUCAGCAAUCAGCGCCACCCAUGGAACUGGGACGCCGUCUCCUCCUUUUGUGAAGCAGUCAUGCUCGCAAAGAGAGAGGCGGCCCGCGUGAGGGAGCAAUCCUCCUCCUCACGCCCCAGCAGCCGCAACUGGCGACACUACGGGCGUCGGGGAUCGAGGGACGAUCUCCGGCCACCGGAUGAAACUUUAGAAGCGCUCAGUGACGCUCAAGUAGUGGCUCCUAUGGUUCUGACGGCGGAUACACAUUCAGCACUGCGCCGUAACUCCUACCUCUACGUGUUCGACUACCAGACGAAAUAUGGAGACUAUCCUCAGCGCCAAGGUUGUAUCCACGGCGAAGAGUUGCCCUACGUAUUUGGUGCUCCGCUAGUGGGCGGAUUGGCCCACUUUGCAAGAAACUAUACGAAAGCUGAAGUAGCCCUUUCAGAAUCCGUUAUGCUAUAUUGGGGCAAUUUCGCUAAAACCGGGAAUCCUAACGAAGCGCAAGAGAGUGAUCCUAUCAGAGCUGGUAGACAAGAAAGAGUGAGAAUGAAGAAUAUAGAAUGGACUGCGUACGAAGCAGUACAUAAGAAGUACUUGAACAUUGACACCAAAGCUAAAUUAAAGAACCACUACAGAGCUCACAGAUUAUCAUUCUGGUUGAACUUAGUACCAGAUUUGCACCGUCCUGGAGGUGAAGAUGUACCUCCAUCACAUCAUCAGCUUGAACAUGAAGACACAGCUCUGCAACCUACGCUCAAAACAUUCAGUCCACCAUUCAAAAAGACUACAGAUAUUGUUAUCACAGAUACUGGUUUGGCAACUAAGAUCCCGGUAUUAGGUAUCCUGAAUAUUACGUCUCCUUUGAACUUUAACAUUAUUGGAGUCAAUAUUCCUACACAGAGCACUGCCGCUACUGAAGUUCAUAAAACGGACGCAACUACUGCGACCCCACCAGAGGAUGGCUUCGCAGCAUAUUCUACUGCUCUUAGUGUAACUAUAGCAAUUGGAUGCUCUUUGCUCAUAUUAAACGUUCUUAUAUUUGCGGGAGUGUACUACCAACGAGACAAGACUAGAAUGAAUGGACAGGACGGUCACACAAAUGGAGCUCAUUUAAAAAAACGAGUGGAAAAUGGCCAGAUGCCGAACAACAUUUGUGGUGACUUAGAGGGGGCGUUGACUUACCAGACAAGUCUAAAGAAUGACCCUGCUACAAUUUUAAGCCAUCAUCAUCAUUCUCAUCACCAGUUACCACCUCCUGAAUUUGCAGAUCUUCCUAGUAAUAACGUCGCUGGUAUGGCGACUUUGCCUCGUGCACCUCCUCCUCCAAAACUUGGAAAGAGUAAUAUAAAUACACUAGCGAGUGGGCAGCUCCAAGAGAAUCAGCCCCUGUUGUCUGCACAUCAGAUGCAGAUGAUCAACACGAGCACUUUGACGAAGAAGAACACGCAACUGAACGCGAAGUCGAAUGUGACGAUGGAGGAGUUGCGUGUGUGA